AUGCCUCCCGCUCGUCAACAGCAGCCUCAGUUCCAGAAGGACGAGAAGGUCCUCUGCUUCCACAUGGAUAUGCUCUACGAGGCCAAGGUUACCGACGUCCAGCCAUCAGGUACCGACGGAUUCCGCUACAAGGUUCACUACAAGGGGUGGAAGAACACCUGGGAUGACUGGGUCCUCGUCGACCGCAUCAGACCCCUGGAUGACGAGCACAGGGCCCUCGCCAGCCAGCUGCACGCUCAGCUCAAGAAUAGUAUGCAGAAGACGGCAAAGCAGCCCAAGAAGGCUCUCAAGACCGGCGCCACCGACUCGGCCCGCGGUAGCGAGGAGAGGGCCUCGUCGGCUGCACAGGGAGGACGCGGUGGUCGCAGGGGAAAGGAUUGGGAGCUUGAGCAGUAUAUUUAG